GCCCAACCGGGUAGGUUUCCGCUGCGCACCAUCUGCCCAGCCCUUUUUGGCACGGUGGUCGGAACCCUGGAGAGACACCAGAGCCAGGGGACAAGGAUUAGGGGUGGCCACAGCUGGCACAAGGAGGGCGGCUGGGGGUUGGGGAGAGGCAUCGCAGAGGGCCUUUGCCUCGGGCCGUGCGCCUCGGGCAGGCGGGCUGCCUAGCGGCCCUGCCCGCAGCUCCGACCGCCUCCUGCCAGAGGAAUGCUAGGACCCCGAAGGGCGUUCCUCGCGCGGCCGGGGCCCGAGUCAGUGCCGGGAUGGAGGAGUGUCGCGGGGGCGCCUCCCUGGCACUCGACCGCGCCUGCUGCACUGACAGGUCAACAGAAAGACGCUAGCGGGGCGCGUGCCAGCCUGGGAAUUGACACUUUAUCCUCUGUGCAGUAGCCUUUUGCAUUUCUGUAGGUUUGACUUCUGAUGACUCUGGCCUGAGUUCCAGGAUGGUUUUUUCUUGGGACCAGACAUGAACAAAAGUUGACCUCAUGAACACUUCAACCUCUCGAGCUGCCAUGCUCCUCCGGAGGCUGCGGCGACUCUCCUGGGGCAGCACCGCUGUCCAGCUCUUCAUCCUAACGGUGGUGACAUUUGGCCUGCUGGCCCCCCUGGCCUGUCACCGACUUCUACACUCUUACUUCUAUCUGCGCCAUUGGCAUCUGAACCAAAUGAGCCAAGAGUUCCUUCAGCAAAGCUUGAAAGAGGGCGAAGCUGCCCUCCACUAUUUUGAGGAGCUUCCCUCUGCCAAUGGCUCCGUGCCCAUUGUCUGGCAGGCCACCCCCCGGCCCUGGCUGGUGAUCACCAUCAUCACUGUGGACAGGCAGCCUGGCUUCCACUAUGUCUUGCAGGUGGUGUCCCAGUUCCACCGGCUUCUUCAGCAAUGUGGUCCCCAGUGUGAGGGGCACCAGCUCUUCCUGUGCAACGUGGAGCGUAGUGUGAGCCAUUUGGAUGCCAAGUUGCUCUCCAAGUAUGUCCCUGUGGCCAAUCGCUAUGAGGGCACUGAGGAUGAUUAUGGUGAUGACCCUUCGACCAACUCAUUUGAGAAAGAGAAGCAGGACUACGUCUAUUGCCUGGAGUCAUCCCUGCAGACCUACAACCCAGACUAUGUCCUGAUGGUAGAAGACGAUGCUGUUCCGGAAGAGCAGAUCUUCCCAGUCUUGGAGCACCUUCUGCGGGCUCGCUUCUCUGAGCCACAUCUCAGAGAUGCCCUUUAUCUGAAGCUCUAUCACCCCGAGAGGCUCCAGCACUACAUCAACCCAGAGCCCAUGCGGAUCCUGGAGUGGGUUGGUGUGGGCAUGUUGCUGGGGCCCUUACUAACCUGGAUAUACAUGAGGUUUGCCAGCCGCCCAGGGUUUAGCUGGCCUGUAGUGCUCUUCUUCUCCCUGUAUAGCAUGGGUCUGGUGGAGCUGGUGGGUCGGCACUAUUUCCUGGAACUGCGGCGGCUGAGUCCUUCCCUGUACAGCGUGGUUCCUGCCUCUCAGUGUUGCACCCCAGCCAUGCUCUUCCCUGCCCCUGCGGCCCGCCGGACCCUCACCUACCUGUCCCAAGUAUACUGCCACAAGGGUUUUGGCAAGGACAUGGCACUGUACUCGCUGUUGAGGGCCAAGGGAGAGAGGGCCUAUGUAGUGGAGCCGAACCUCGUGAAACACAUCGGGCUCUUCUCCAGUCUCCGGUACAACUUUCAUCCCAGUCUCCUCUAGGGUGCCAAGAAAUGCCUUUCUGAAGUCAGCCACUUCUUGAAGAUUCGAAUAUUGAUCUCUUUAUUUAGACAUGGUUGCCUGCAGGUAUUUCACUGUUUACUGUUGCUAGAGAUAUAGGCACUGGGGCAGCUGAGGACCAUCGGUAAGUCAAGAGCCUUGGCUUUGGUAGCCUCCUGGCAGGAGCAGCAGUUUGCCACAGGUCCGGACCUCUCCCUCCACACAGCCACACUGCCUCAUGCAGUCUGACCCACCCAGUGAGGGUGCCUUUGAACACUGGUUAUAUUCUCCUUUUGUUUUUAAGCUUUUCUUUGUGAUAGAGCUUGUGACUGCCAAAAAUCUUGUGCACAGUGAUAUGACUGUUUAAGGAUCUGAAGGGUAGAAUUGUGUGAAAGGUGAGAUCCUUUGGAAUUGAGUUCUUUCUCAUUAGGUAUGAAAAUGGAUGUAUGCUUAGAAUAUACGCCCAGUGAGGCAGGACCAUGUGGAUAGAUUCCAUUUGUUUCCUUGAUGUGGUGUAAUAAAAACUGAUAAAAGCCGUGCAGUGCCCAGCAUCUUGGAGGCAGGUGAUCUGGCUUUUCCGUUACCUGGCAUUUUCUUUUCCUAUAUGUCUGUAGUACAUUGAUAAUUAAUAUUGUUAGUGAGAACAUGAAGGCAUGACAAGAUCUGGAAGAGCUUCUGAACCAUCAAAGUCAGAGUGCUUAUGUUGAGUAGUGAUUUAAUAUUGAAUAUUUGUGUACUACUCUGACUCUUUGAAAACUGGACAUUUCAGAAUGAUGUAGUAUGGGAGAGCUCUUUACUAGCAGCACAUCGUCUUUCCUGACUUUGCUGGCUAACUGCUUACCCUCAUUUCUAUUUCUUCUAGAUAGCAUGAUGUUAUAGGAAAAAAAAGCAUGGACUCAAGUCAGAAGACCUAAACUUUGAUUUCAUAUCUCUGCCAUGCCCUAAUGACAUGACCACCUUGGACACGUCAUAUAAUCACUCUGGGUCUCAAUUUCUUUACCUGUAAAGUGAGGACAGUAAUAGUUACUUGUUAAAAUUGCCUUGAGGAUUAAAUGAUAGAAUAUAUAUAAAAUGCCUAGCAAGUGCUUAGUUCAUAGAAGACAUUUGGCAAACUUUUCUCUCCUAUGAUAAGCAUAUACAACCCAAGUUUAUUUCAGAAAAAAGAUCCUGGUGAUGUUGUUUAAGUAUGAGGUAGUGCAUAAAGACUGACUUUUCAUUGUGACCUCUGAGGGAUGUGCAGCUCAGCUUUCACCUACCCCCACUUUCAGCCAAGCCAAAAAUAAGGAUUGUUCAUUCAAACUGGAAAUGAUCUCCAGUUUGAAAAUGAGACUCCUCGUGAGCUUAUUCUAAGACCAGAGUCUGAAAAUUACUUUUCUCAAAAGUUACAAAGAAGUGUCUUCGACAGUACUUAUCAGACUAGUGACCGGCAAGUUCCUUAAUAAGGAUGGAUAAUGUUAUUAGAGUUCAAGCAAUUGUCCAGUUUGUUUCAAUGCCACAGAUUGCUUUUAAAUUUCCACAGUGAGCUUCCAUCUUGAGACCCACUCAAGACCACUGAGGGAUUACAUAAGGGUUGAUUACCCGUGCUCUACAGAGGAACAAAUUGAGACCCAGAGAUGCUAAACUGUUCUCCAGGUCACAAAGCUGAACAGCAGCAUAGCCAGAAUGGGAACAGAACUCUUCUGACUUCAAGCCCCUGCACUUUUUCCUUAACCACAUUUAUUUUAUAAAUAUUUAUGUGGUCAAAGUCUCUUUUGUAAAAUCUGAGUAUAACCUGGACUAAGUAAUCUCUGUAAGCUAAGAUGGCAGAAACCUAUUGUCAUAUUAGUUUGGGGGAACAAACAGAUAUAAGUAUGUGUUGUAGUGUUAUAGUAAGCUGUGAUGUAUCCCCCAGCAAUGUCCAAAGUGAUCAGAGCUCCUAGAUGACUUAUUACAAUGUUCGAAUACCGCUACUUCAUUCCUCCUCUCUCAGUGACCUGUCCGCCCCAAGCUUUAGAACUGAACCAUAUCCAACUUAGAACUUAUUGGAGUUUGUUGCAUUAAUGAUUGGAUCUCCUCAUGAAGGUUUUUUGACCAAUGACAGUGGAGCCACUUUAAGCUAGCCAGGCCCAAGAUAGGGAAGCACUGCUGGUCUACAUUUCUGCUCUAAUUCAUUUGUCUAUUGCAUGCAGAUAUCCCCUCCCCUGACUUCUCCAUUGCAGAAGGCUAAGGCCAUCCUUCCUGUCCACUAUCUCUACCUACACACUAACAUGCUUUUUCCCAAUUGAGCUGAAUUAGGAUCUGUUGUCCUUGAACAUUUUCUGCAGAUGUAGGCUCAGUUCUGCUCUUUUGUUCCCACCCACUUCUAGAUCUUCCUUCAUUUCAUACCUUAUUCUUAUAAGGAGUCUAAUUUUUGUGUAUUGUCCUUGAUUAGGGCAGCUGACAGCUUUACACCAAAGCUGAAGUCUCUCAUUUAAUCCUAAGCAAGGAGCUAGGGAGAACUAAGAUAUCCUUCCCCUAUCAAGGGACACAGGUUACCAGAAGGGUGGAGGUCUCUUAACAGGCUCACUCUCCUUUCAGCUUUUAAGUUAUGAUCAGGCUUAAGAAGCUCUCUCUUGUAACUGAGUGUAUUUGCAUAGACAUGUCUGUGAAAAUAAAAGCACCCAUUUUGCUAA